GUUGAAAAAAGGUUGCCAGGUGACGGAGGGUCGAAAGACGGCAGGUUAGAACGCUACACCUUGGUUCCGUAGAUAUCGUGGACGUCCCUGAAAUAACACGAGACGCCGAAGGUGGCGACCCUGUAGGUGGCAGUCGCGCUGGGUUCCUGUUACACGAUGCGAAUCCGGCACUGGCGCCCCAGUCAUGCCAACCGAUGGUGGGGAGACAGUUACGUUUCACGUGACACGCUGGCGCCUUGGUGGUAGGGAUCGAUCCGUGAUCACGUGACCGUUGGCGCCGAGAUGGUGGGGACGCACCUACCACCCCUUCGGGAAGAACGAACUGGAGAGGAGCGAACCACGGCAGGAAGACCGGCGGCAUUCUGACCUGGUAAGUCGCCAGUGUCGGAUCGUGAGAAAGUGAAUAAGACUAAAGUAUCGGAGGACAUUUAAAUCGACCGUGUAAGCGACACUCGUUUUUAAAAGCGAAACGGUUUCGCCGCGAACUGUCUACGACGCGGACGCGAUUGAAGGAAUACGAGCUACGCCAAACCAAAUUACGCUUAUUUAUUACAAUUCCUACGUCGUACGAACCUUCGACCGAUCAUUUUUAUUCGUUCGCUGCUAGUGUGUGUUGACGCGCUAUUGUAACGCGUUCGGUUCUUUCUUGCUCUUUAUCCUCGAUCGAGAGAGACAGUUUGGACGAAACCGAGGAUACGCGAAGAAAAACAGAAAGAGUCAAACACAGAAGAAAAGAAAAAAAGGAGUACUAUAGAAGAUCGAGAGACCGGUAGCUACUUUGGACAGCAAGAAUAGGAGAGACGAAAGUAAAGUGUGUUGUGCAUGGAACGCAAGGGAUAACAAAAUCGGUAGACCAGCUUUUUUUUUCCACAACUUUCUCGAACCCCGACAGAUUCUCGCCGUUGUAUAUAUUGUUUUCGCGUAAACGGCCUCUAGGUGAGUGAUAUUCGAAGUCAUCGCCCGAAACCAAGGUCCUGUUACGUGUAUAUAUACACGCGUACGCACACGUUCGACACGCGUGUAUUCCUCUGUUAGUUUUAUUUUGUGAAGUGUUGAGCAGUGUCCUGGGCGAGGUAAGCGUCUUGCCGUGCGAAUUCGUGCCAACUUCUCUAGCCGUGGCCGUAUCUUUACGAUCGAUUUGUGCAUGCUCUGUCUGGUCGCGCCGGUGAAAAACGGUUUGGCAACGUGGCACGUGAAUAAAGUGACACCGCGACGACGACGACGACGGCGACGGCGUCGGCGACGGCGCUGAGAAGAGACGGAAAAUACGUCUGAUCUUAUACAACGAGGAUUCGUUUCGCGUCGUCAACGACCACCAGAAUCUUGACACGUACGUACACACACCGUGGAAUAAUAUCUUCGAUCGCAAGUAGCAGCAGCAGCAGCAGCAGCGGCAGCAGUCAUCGCAUACACAGCCGAGAAAAAGAAGAGAAGGAGGUGGUGGUGGUGGAGGAGGAGGAGGAGGAGGAGGAGGAGAGUUUGUGCCGCCGCCACCGUUUCUCUUUGUCGUGUGUGUGCGUGUUUCGAGAGGUUAGAAACGCCACGGGAUCAUGGAUCUGCUUUGCUGCGAGAACACCGCGGUCGAGCGCAGAGCUUACGCCGAUCCUGCCGUACUUGGCGACGACCGUGUGUUGCAGAAUCUUCUGAAAACCGAGGAAAGAUACGCACCCAGCAGUUCUUACUUCGAGUGCGUGCAGAGGGACAUCUCGCCGCUCAUGCGCAAGAUCGUCGCGGAGUGGAUGUUGGAGGUAUGCGAGGAGCAGAAGUGCCAGGACGAGGUCUUUCCCCUGUCGAUGAACUACGUCGACAGGUUCCUCUCGAUCUGCCCGAUCAGGAAGUCGCAGCUGCAGCUACUAGGAACUGCCUGUUUGCUUCUCGCCUCGAAAUUGCGAGAACCAUCGCCGCUGACCGCGGAGGCUCUUGUUUUCUACACAGACAACUCCGUCACCCUGGAUGACCUAUGGAGGUGGGAGCAGUUGGUCGUCUCGAAGCUGAAAUGGGAAUUGUCCGCCGUAACACCCGGUGACUUCCUGAUGCACAUCCUGAGCAGACUGCCGGUGCCACGUACCUGGGACCCGGUGAUGGUCAGGAGGCACGCGCAGACCUUCAUCGCCCUCAGCGCCAGAGAAUACAAAUUCUCCAUGUAUACGCCGAGCAUGAUCGCGGCGGCGAGCGUCGCAGCGGCCCUCCACGGUCUCGAUUGGACAGGGAAAAGCGGUUACGGGCUGGCCGGCCUCCUCGACGAGUUAACUCGCAUCACGGCUAUCGAACAGGAUUACCUGCAAGGUUGCCUGGAGCAAAUCGAGGAGAUGGUAUCUGAAGCAGUGGGUGCCGACGGUACCGGCGGGAACGGCCAUCAGGUGACCGGAUCGUCUCUUUCGGGCACGUCGCAGAGGCCUCUGGGGGACGAGAUAACCAGCCAGGAGAAGAUCCUGGAACACGAGAAGGCGGGCACGCCGACCGAUGUGAGGGACGUCCAUUUUUGAGAGACGCCGCUGAGGGAAACUCUGGCCAGGGUGACUCUCUGCUGAGCCUAGAGGCCGAGGAGCAAGCGAUGCCCGACAGCGACGACGACAACGACAACGAUGCUGAGGGACCCACGGCCACGAAGAGAAUCAAGAAGGACGAGGCAAAGUUCGAGCUAAAGAACGCGCGAGAAAAUUCUUGAAACGCAAAGAGUAUACAACGCACAGGCACGUGCGAAAGAGACAUAGAUAUAUAAAAUACGUUGUGUUUGCUCGACCGAAUCGUCGUUUGGUUUCCCUUCGUCACCACUGUGAACAGAAUCGUCUUUGAAAGAAGAGAGACAGAUCUCGAAACGUGUUCGAUAUUUUAGUGCUCUGUACGAAUUCUGUAGAUUCAUCGCGAAGAUUCGUAAACCCAAAUGGGACGUCAAGGAACUAGGGACAUUUCUUUUUCUUUUUUAAACAGCCACUUCCCUUCAAACGCAUGUUCGAUUAUUCGCCGAUUAUUGAGCGAUCUGCGAGCGAAGGAAGACUAUUUUUCGUGGGCUCGACUGGUGGAGAGAGCACGUGAUCGAUGGAAAAACACGAAACAUAAGAGUUUUAGUCGAUCCAUCUAGAUAAAGCUAUCGGAUAUUCGUUAUAGUUUUUACUCGGAGAUCGAGCAACGAUCAAUGCCGAGGCGUUGUCCCAAAACGAAUCGUAAUUACGCGUGCACAAUUUAUAUAUAUAUAUACAUGAAAAAUAUAUAUAUAUGUAUGCAUGUGUGUGUGUGCGCGCGCGUGUGUGUAUGUAUGUGUGUAUACAUAUAUGCGUAUGUAUAUGCAGAGGGCCGGAUAGCGAGCGCGAGGGUCCAAGGUCUCGAUGGGCCCCCUUUGUUAUUUAGUUGUACGCGUUUUUAUUCGCGAAUAUUCGUGUGCAUCCGAUCGUUCAAGGCAUCGGAAUUGGUUUUGUUCUCAUUUCAUUGACAGAGACUGCGUGUCGUCUCGUAUCAUGAUCUACAAUUUUCUGAGACUUUUUUCUUUUAUUAUUAUAAUACUUUUUUAUUUUAUUUUUUCUUUUGGGAUGGAACGCCCUCUAUCGGCGUUGCAGCAGGGAAAGUAGAUCGAUCGAAGAUGCGUAACUUAAAAAAGUCUGAACCGUUUUUUAUACUUCCGUUCGAGGCAAUGAUUCGAUAAUUUAGCCCUUUGAAAGUUAGAUUUCUUUUUACAGAGAGAUGUUCGUUGGUGCAAGGAAAGGAAACAAGAAAGACUAAAUCGUUUGACGAGGAAUAUAAGUCGAAUGUGAAAUAUUUGAGCGUUGUUUAUUUAAGGAUCGAAUGUUAUACAAAAUAGAAAGAAUCGCGAGACACGAGCAUGCACUCCGUUCUCGCUUCAUUGUCUCUCCAUUCCCCCCCCCCCCUCCCCGCCCGAAACAUUCACGUAAUUAUCAUGCAAUGUUCUCUCUGCAUACGAUAUUAAAACGUUCGGUAACUUUCACGAUAAUGUCAGCUUUCGUUCGGAUUCGCUUCGCGUUAAUUCGAAGCUGAAAAAGAAGAAAAGAAACUGAUCAGCGAAAGGUUAAUAACAGAUCGAUGAAUAUCGGAGAAAAAGAAGGAACAAAAGUAAACUGCGUAUAAUUUAAAAUUCAACGGUUAAAUCUUGUUAAAAGAAGAAAGAGAUAAAUGUAUCGUUAAAAGAGGGACACUGAGAUUACUCGAACGUAAGAAAUAAAAGGAAUAAAAAGAAUAAAACGUAUGAUUCUAGUAGCAUCUUCGAGAGAGACCGAAAAGUAGCGAGAGAUAUGAAACGCUUCAACGAUAAUUUCGAUAAUGGUCGAAGGAGAACAGAGACCAAAAGUAGAAUUAGAAAAGAAGAGACCGGAUGGCGUGCCGUUGAGGGAAGGCUAUGCAAUACGCUUUGUGCAUCUAUUUCGCAAUAGAAUUGUACACUUAACUUUUAGUAGCCGGACGACGAAGCUACCGCGCCAAUUUCGUAUAUCGUUUAGAAAAUUAGAGAAAACCAUUAAAGAAAAAACAACAAAAUGCGGAUCGAUUCUUUUCUAUAAUAGGGCUAGAAAGAGGAGAAAGGAAAAGUAAAAGAGGGGAGAGAAAAGAAAUACGGGAAACAAGGAAUAAAAAGUUCAUAUAGUCAAAUCCAGUCAUGUAGUGUUUUGUACAUAGGUAUACAUACGAGAAAAGUUAUAUAUAUAUGUACACAUUAUAUAUACACGAGGUGUGUGCUUGCGCGCGAGUGAAGAGAGAUAGUAUGAUACGAGCAAAAGGUGGAGUAUGAAGAAAAAGAAAACGUUGAUCGCGCGUGCGAGUUUAUUACAGCGAGAUGUCGAAUGGAAUAGGGAAGCGUUUUAGAUUAGUAGAUAGAAAAAGGAAAAUAUAGUUCCCUUUUGUUUUUUUUUUGUAUUUACGUUUACAAUAAUUGUUAAUCCAAAUGUGUUUUCCUUCCGGGAGUCGCGGCACGACCCGUCGCUUAUUCCACUCGGUUCCUAAGAUCGGUUGUGCCACGCCCGAUGUGCAUUUGUGAACGCUCUAUGAUGCGCGGUAUGUGGAUGUGUGGGUUAUACGUGCGUGUACAUGCGUGUGUGUCGAAUUUUUCGUAAGCAAAAAAGAAAAAAAAAAGAAAAAAUGGGGAAGAAAAGCUUCAACGGUGUAACCAGAGGGUUUCGAAAUUCCAAAAAAGAUUUAUAAAUAACUUUUUACCGUCGAAUCUGCUUGCAUAUGCAUUUCAGAUUACAUCUUUUUAACUCCUUUUGAUAUAUUAAUAUGUAAAUACAUAUUAUUAUGCAUAUCAUAAAGCUGAUUUACGAUGGCUUUCUGUAGUAUGUAUCGUAUAACUAUCACGCGCGAUGCUAUUCGAUCUAUUAAAGAAAACAUCGCAGAAAUGACAAAAUAGCGAAUUAGUAUGCAAUUUCUACUGUCUGUGCACCAGACAGGCUAAAAUAAUUUCUGCGAAAAAGCUGAUCCUUGAGUUUCUUUAUUUUUAAAGAACUUGAUAAAAGGAUGACUUUGAUGAUUAAACCGAGUCGAUCUAACUUUGCAUGCUCGAAACCAGCACUCUGCAUUUGGCUAUUCUUCUCCCAAAACCGCGAUUGUAAAUAUGUAGGAAAGCUAUACGAGGCGUACUAUUAAAAGUUAACACAGUAGUCCGUGUAAGAUAGAGUGUCGAAUAACGUGGCAGUGCGAUAGAAUCGAGGAACGAAAGAGAAAUUGGACGAGGAGUUUAAAUACGAGUAGAAUCGGACGUUUAAACGUUGUCUAAUAAUUGAACUAUUUUGGUGCUGUGAUUUUUAUUCUGUGGGUUUGCUAGAAGUGCAUGGAACCGCUGAAUAUGAGAUUUUAUAGAAAUUUCAUUUAUAUAUUAUAGCGAAUGUGUUUUUCGUGUUCGUUCGAGAAACAGGCAUUUGGAAGAAAGAUUCAAAGUACAAAAUCAGAAGAUGUAACACGUCUCAAUUACUAAUUAGGACAAGGUAGUCUAAAUAAGAAUUUGAAUACUCGAAAACAAUGAAAUUUGAUAUCCGUGUAUUUUAUAAAGUCAUCGAUUGUGAUUCGAAAUGCGUAAAAUUCUUAAAAUUAGAACGAUUAAAGGGAAAUUUUCGAAUUUAGGUCUUUGUACAUAAAUCACCCCUUUCCAAAUUUGUAACUCCAAACCACAAAAAAAAAAGGAACAAAAGAAAGAAAAAGAAAUACCAAAAAGAAAGAUUCUCAUCGCACAGAUCCACAGCACCAGAAGUGUUGAACCUCAACUACUAUCGUUCAUCCAACGUAUUUAACGUUAUUAUACACAUAAACUCCCUUUUAGAUGACAAAAUAUAAACGUUUAAUCAAUCUAUCCUCGUUAAUCUACGCUGUAUGUACGUAUAAUUAGAUUGCCAAGUAGUUGAAGCAGAAUAUUAUCCGACGCAAAACCAAAACGAUAAAAAUAGAGAAAUAAUAUAAAUCCCAAUCUCUAAUGUCAUGAAAAUGAAAACAAAACAAACGACAGUAGUUGAGGCUAGCGUCCAAUGUUCAUCGAAAAAGAAACAAAAAGGAAAUAGUAAAAUGAUAAAUAAUCCACGAACCCAUUAGUACUUAAAAUGCGUCGAGUAGAAUAAAGGAGAGAAAAAGAGGGGUAGACCAUCGAGUUCGGGGAACGCGAGUUCCUCUUCUUCCUUCGAACUUGAAAAAUGAACGAAACGAACCUACGCUACGAAGAGAAUUAAAAGAAGAACUCGCUAAGAGGAGAGCAGGACGGGAAGAGGUACACGCGUUUCGUCCGCCCUCAAUGAAAAUCAAUCUGCGCAUUCCGACUAAGAAGUAAGAAAACGAUAAGAAAAAGAAACAGAAAAGAAGAAAAUGGCAGAAAUAGCCCAGUGCCACAGAACGAAACCUAGUUAGUAACAUACUCUUCAAGUAACCAAAUCCUAGUACAACGUAGAGAGAGAUCGAAUAAUAUAAAAGAGAAGAAAGAAAGAAAAUGCAAAUGAUACGCAGUCUGGUGUACGCAUGGCUGACCUUUUUCAUACUUGUACUACUAGCGUACGAUAAUGCGUUCUCUGUGCACGCACCUACAUAUAUACAUGUAUCUGUAUAUAUAUCGUAUACUAUAUAUCGUAUAUAUACAAAUAAAUGUAUAUACGUAUAUGUACAUAUAUAUUUGUAUAUUUUAAACACGUAUCAUUGUGUACCUUGGAAGAAUGGGAUCACUGUCGAGAGACGGGGGAGGGACGCAUCGGAGCUACAUCGGGCAAUUGUAAACCGAAAAUGACGGUGCCUUGAUGCAGGGUCCCAGAUUUUCUUGUACGUUCGAUCGAAAUUCGAGAUUUGAAGAAAUUCUUCUUCAAAGUUUGCCUCUUUUUUUCGCCAAUCGUCCAUUCGAAAUUUAUUAUAUUAUAUUAGCUAGAAGUUAAAGUUGUUCGAGGGAAUUGAUAAAUUUCGAAGGAAUUCCGAAGGAAAAAUAAGAACAUUAUCUUAUUUAUAUCCGUUUGUUAGAAACGUAUAGAAUCGUAUUUAAUUGUGGAAUUUAUCGUGGUGGUUCUUUUAUGGACCUUUAUUAUUAAUUGAUCUUUAUCAAUAGACCUUUAUCGGUAGUAUAUUGGCUAUAUGCGUAGGAUAUUACAUAUGUUUACAUAGUUGUCUUCUAAUUUGUCUUUUAUUUCCUUUUUCGAUUUGGGAUCCGCGAAAAUAGAUAUUAGCAUCGAUUUUAAACAAUCUUUUGUGCAGAAACUUUCUGUUUCGUUUUAAAGGUCCCUGCAUGUGUACGUGGAAUUUAGAUCGAUUUAUUAAAGUUCUUAUAAUAUCGAAUUUAUUUACGUUAAUUUUUCGAGAUUCGUGUCUCUUAGUGUUUUACCAUUAUUUUUUUCUAUAUAAAUCUGCAUCGACAUUUAUUUGCUUCAUUUACACAAUAUUCUUCGUUAUUUUGUUACGUAAUAACACUAUGUAUCGUGUAAUUACGAAUGGACGAAUCGUAAAAAAAGGCAAAUUAUUAACAGUAUAGAUAUAAGCAUGUAUAAAAAUACAUAGUAAAAUAAUUUCCAAAAGCGAAGAAGAAAAACCGACACGAUGAUAAAGUAGUUGCACUUGUCGUAAAAUAGAACUGUUCGGAGAUCUGUGAUCCUAGGUUGCGAGCCUGUUCCUAAAUCGCGUCUCGUUCCAGUCGAACAAGCCCGUUAUUCCGCCCCUGUUUUAGCUUAGUAAGAACACGACGAGCUUGCGACACUCUUUUCCUUCUUUAAUAUCACCGAACGAAAAAUAAUCUAGCGCCACAGAAAUUCUUUAAUUUUUUUCCUUCUUCCACGAAUAAUCGUGGAAUACGCGAGAAUCCGAUUAUGUUCUUUUCUUUUUUUCCUUCGUUCGAUGCGAGUACAGAGUUUCGCUUCAUUCAACGUCACGUGAUUACGCUUCCUCUCAGCAAUCCUAAUCUUAGCCGCGCUCCGCGAAUAUCAAUAGACAUAUUUGAAACUCGUACCAAGAAGAGAAGCUCAAUUUUCCUCUGUAAUGAGGAUUCACUGCCAGGUUCGACGGACGAAAAUAAUAGUGCACGCGCUCAAUGACGAACUCGCAUCGAUCACUAUACGUACUAUUACAUAUGUUGUUUUCUCAUUUCGUAGAUUUCGUCAGUUGUUUUCCCCGAUUUUUUCGUUCGCAGUAAAGCAACGCAAUAGACAUACCACUGAUAUACCUCAGACACCGCAUACACCGCUCGAAACAGCAUGUGUAGUUUUUUUUUUUUUAAAUCUCACUCACGGCGAAAGAGUGUGCAGAAGAGUGAAAACAAAGAGUUAUGAAAAAUCAAGAUGGAUGUAACAAUCGCACUUAUGCGUUACUUUUUAAACCUAGCACGUAAAAAUAUGAUUUUUAAUCGAUAGAUGCGCGAUUGGUUGUACCAGGCGAAAGUGAAAGCUUCGGUACGAUAAACUUUGUACAUAUCCCACAGUGCGUAGUGUGACGCACACUCGAAUGAAAAAUAAAGUAUUAAUAUUUUAUACAGUCGUAA